AUGGCGUCCGCGGCCCUUGACACAUCGCCCUUCCCGUCCACAUCAUACAAACCAAAGUAUGAUACUUGGCCGUACAAUGACUCGGACUUCGUCCGCUACGAUGAAAAUGACGAUGGCGUGUUCUACCGCCAACCGCGACUAGUCACGCACAUCGAUGACCCAAGCAUAGCGCGAUUGACGCAGUACUACGACACCGUGUUGCCGAGAACUGGACAAAUAAUGGAUAUGUGCACGAGCUGGAAGAGCUUUUACCCGGCUUCGGUCAAGGAAGCGAUACAGAAAAAGGAAUUGGAGGUCUAUGGUGUAGGGCUCAAUGCGGAGGAGAUGGCGCUGAAUAGCGUAUUCAUGGGACCGGAUCGCUGGCGCGUUAUGGAUCUGAACAAGCCGCCGCAUGAUGUACGUGCUGCGUGGGAAGGAGGACAAGAUAUGCAAUUUGAUGCAGUGACGUGUGUGGUUAGUAUCGACUACUUGAAUAAACCACUUGAGGUUUGUCGAAAGCUUCUGGAAGCUUCGCAUGAAGGUGGUAUGUAA